AUGCCCUCCUCGAUCCCAUCGAUCCCGGACUCGCAGCUAGGCCUCUCGCAGAGUGAAGUUGCGCUUCUACGCCAGCACCAGCAAAUCGCCCUCUCGCAUCACCAGCACGGCAGCAGUUCGUCCUCACGCGCCGCGUCGCAUGCUUCGUCGCAGGGCCGCUUGCUCCUGGACCCUACAAGCUUGAAUGCGCUGGCCGCGCAUUUCGAUCGCCUGAUGUAUUCGAUUCAGCAGAGGUGGCAGGCUCUCUCCCAACAAACACAACUCGCGACCCAAGUCCAGUACGACCGCGCGGGCAAUGCCAUCCAAAUGGCCGACGCUGAAAUCGCCCGCUUCCGCGCCAUCCUCCGCGAGAUCGACGAGCUGCAGGUCGAAUUCGACAAGGUGCGGCGUAUUGGAGAGAUUGUGAAGGGCUUCAAGGCGCGCGUUGAGCGACUGGAGCGCAGGGUGUAG